AGUAAGCAUCUCUGAUCACGUGAUCGAAAUUCAAACAAGAUGGAGGAUUUACCAGAAUAAACUUAACUAAAAAUUCCCAGCGAUGAGAAACUAUUUACAUUACGGUAAUUUCUAUUUAAUUAUGCAUUAGAUACCAAGCCCAAACCUAUCUUUAAAGUAAGCCAUAUUUUAUUUUUAAUGCCUUCCAUCUUUUACACACUGUCUACAACUUCCAAUUUUUCAAGGACUCCUCUACACGUCUAGUCCUAGUCAAACUACACUGACCUACAACAUGACAACAUCUUGUUUUUUUAUAUAAAAUUUAAAUCAAAUUAAAAAAUCGAACACAUUAGGCUUAGGCAUUAUUUGGUCUUUUAAGUUAUAAAUUAAAGACUAACAUAAGAUAAAUUCUUGGCUAAAUCUUAGGACGAAUGCCUCAGCGUCUUUUGGGUGUUUAUUAUAGUUAUAGUAUAGUUGCAGUGAAUUAGGGUUUGGGUUAGGUUGAGGGAUCAAUUUAAAUUUAGGGUUCAAGUUAGGCAUAGGGAUCGAUUUAGGGUUCAGGUUAGGCACAGGGAUUGAUUUAGGGAUACAUUUGUGAAAGAUACAACCAAGAUGGCGGCCAUCGAUAAAAUAGUGGCAUUCGUCCUCGUAAUUUACCAAAUUCUUUAUUGAUCCAAAAAAGUGGAAAAGUUUUUUCAUUACAUUGUUUGUAAAUAUUCAUUUUCAACUCAUAAAUUUAAAUAAAUACUAAAUAAUAUUAUAAACACAAAUGAUUUAAAUUUAAAUGAAGAUCAAGUCAACAAAAUUUUUCAUUUUAAAAUUUAAAUAAUUAUAACAAUGAUUAACAAUAAACAAUUUAAACAUAAGACAUCUAUAGUAUUUCUCUAGCAUCACAGUGUAUCAAAUCAGUCAUCAAUGAACUCCUUUAACUUUAGUGACAAUAAUGACUUAAUUAUUGAUCAUUCAAAUUUGGUAACUGCUAGGUGAGCACGCUUGUGAAUUCGUGCUGACUGGGGAAAAAAAGAAUUUUUGUCAUUCCUCCGAAUGUCUGUCUCAAAUUCAAAAUACUAGUAAAAUAAAUCAAAUGAUUGGUUACUUUAGCAGAUCAAUAAUGUUUUACCAAGAUCAUGGUUAAAUGUGAUAAUAUAAGAAUUGUCACUUAACAGCUGCUAGUAACAGUUUCUUUCCAAAAUCAUGGUCCUUGUUGCAAAUGGCUACUAGAAAGCUUGGAAACUGGCCAUGGUGUGUUCCACCUUGUUGAACUUGAAACCCAUUCUGAAACUCAAUUUGGUUAAAAGUUGAUGUAAUUUCCAAUGGCGCCCCAACUUUCAAUGCUUUCAAAAAGCAUAGCAUGCUUGCAUUUCCAUUAGCAAACCCAUUAGAAUAUCAUCAUGACGAUUUUCUGUGUGCUAAGUCCACACUUUUUCAAAAAAUAACCUGGUAUGUUUACUGCAUGUCAUAUUGCACUACAGCAUUUCCAUCUGUACCCAUCAGGUGACUCUGCACGUCGGACUAAAGACAUAAGUCGUUGACAGUUAUGAGAAAGUGUUUAGCAACCCAUUCUAACUGAAUCAUGCUAUUAUACAGUGCCCUCGUUGUUGUCAUAAGAAUGCAGAAUAUUUCCUGGCAAAAUGUUAUUUAUAAAAUGUAUCGGUGGUUGCGGUCUGCCGGCCAUGGUAUUUUUAUGUUAUUACAAGCAAUUAGUCUCAGUCUGCAAGACAACUCCAUUCAUUCAGAAUCAUAGAUGUAAACAAUUACAUCACUAAUUAUCGGGGUCACCUGGCACUUUCUAACGAAAAGUAUACUAUAUGACAUUAUGGAUCUGCGUUUGGAGGGUUGCCGAAUUUUUAAAUAUUGUCGUACUAAUUUUAAGAAAAAGAUAAAUCAACACAAACAGUCAAAUGCAUGCAACAACCAAGCAUGAUUAUUUUGUAACCAAAAAUCAUAUCAAUUUUAGGCCUACAUACUUUUAGGACAUAGCUAAAGAAAAAUAUUUUAUUUUCAAAUUAGUAUAUGGUCUCAUACUUAAAAUGACUAAGGAAAUUACAUUUUAAAUCUUUUUUUCCACAUAAGUGUUGAGUAUUAUGAGGAAUAUAUUUUACAUGUGAAAAUUUUGAGAUAUGUGUCCAAACUACACUAUAUCCAUAUUAUUCGCAUUUUUAUAUUGUGGUAAACAUUAACAGUAAUAUUUAUUAAAAAAAUGUUUUUAUCAUAACUGGUCACUAAAAGUUAUUAGUAGUAUUAGUGUUAUCAUAACAAAAUGCCUUACCAGAAUUCUCCCUUUUUCUACUGAUGGAGAAGGGACAGACCUGUAAAUUUAUGUUAAAACAUAUCAAUAUUAUACCCUCUUAGUAGACACAAAAAUUUGGCAGAGUAUACUACAUUCAAAGUUUGCAUAGAUAAUAAAAUGAAAAUAAUAAAAUGUAAAUAAUAAAAGAUGUGAUGUGAUAGAACAUUUGUCUAUUGACAGUUCUACCCUAAUAUUAAUAAACAAAAUAUUUUUUCUUCAAAUCUGAAGAUUUUUAUUAAAAUUCUUACCAAUGACUAUAUUGUUCUUUAACAGCUAUAUUAUUAUUUUUUCCGAUUUCAUUGACAGCAAAAACUGCAUCAUUGCAAUGACCAGAUAAGACUGAUACAAUGGAUGAAGAAAAUGAUCGAGAGAGAAGUCAUAUGGUGACUCAGAUCCAGCUCAACCAUCCGGCUACAGAGGAGAAUUUGGAUGACAGAUCUAACAGAAUUGAAGAAUCAGAGAUGAAUAGUGUUGCUGUAUCUCUAACAAGUUCUGAAAAAAUUUAUAUCUUUGAAAAUGAAAACUUCUUAAACAUAAACUCGAUAAGUGCAAGAAGUCUUAAUGUUGAAAACUGUAGCGGUUGCUUAGGUGAUGUCUGUUUCCGUUGUGAUAAGUUUAAACAGGAUGAAUUAGUUAAGAAUUCCCACAAACUUGUCCCGAGAGAAAAGGAAAACACUCCAUUCCUUGUGCUUAGAGAGUUUUACCUUGCUGUGGAUGAAGGAACGUCUGACGCCAUUGAAGAAAUAACUUACAACAACAACUUGGAUGUCAGUGUGGUUUUCCAGCCAACCUUAACAUUUGUGAAACGAAAGCACAGAGGCUGGACAGCUUUGCACAUUGCUGCAUCUCAUUGCAACGUUCGCGCUGUCAGAUUUUUGUUGACUGAGGGAUGUGAUAUUGAAGCUCUUACUCCCGAAGGUGAAACGGCAUUACACGUUGCCGCAAAACAUGGAGCAGCAGAUGUAAUGUCUUACUUGCUGGAAUGCAAUAUAUAUCUACGUGAUCGUCAGAACAAUCAAGGAGUUACAGCUUUGUUAAAAGCUAUUUUUAAUUCACAGCAAGCCUUCAAAGGCAAUUACCGCAGAUGUGUGGAUAUACUGCUCGGGGCCGGUUGCAAUCCCAAUAUCUCAUCUUCCUCUAAAGUCACUGCCCUACAUGUGGCCGUUGACAAAGGUGACAUACAUUUAGUCGCCAGACUAAUCACUUCUGGUGCAAAUGUCAAUGCACUCUGUGAUCAAAACACCAGCCCAUUAUUGCGUGCCUUAACGGGAAAGUUUGUCAACACAUUUAUUGUAACCGCUUUACUGCUGGGUGGUGCCGACACAUCUUUGAAGAUGAACGAGAGGUCAACUCUACACAUUGCAGUGUCACGCUGUGACGACCGAAUCAUAGAAACAUUUUUAAAGCAUGGGGCUGAUCCAAACUGCCCUGACGCAUCGGGUAAAACCCCCUUGUCGGUAGCUGUAGAGGAAAACAACAUAAAAGUUGUACCCAUCUUGGUCGCUGGAGGAGGGAAUAUUAAUUAUGCCAGGCCGCCUCAGUUUAUUUCUCUCCUGUCACAAGCUGUUGUAAAUAAUUCUAUUGACAUGGUAAAACUAUUACUACAACUUGGCGCCUCAGCUCACACAGAGACAUGCAUGUGGUCCACACCUCUACAUCUGGCCGUGGACCAACAAAAUAUCCAGAUUAUCAUAGAGCUGCUCCGAGCCAACUGUCCACUGAACACUACAAGCAACGCCAAGUACUCUCUGCGGCCCAUGACGCCCCUGCAGCUUGCUAUGGAGCUUGGAAAUGUUGAGAUCAUCUGUCUACUUAUCCAGGCUGGGUGUAAGGUAAAAUGGGGAUGGCUCAGGGAAGACAGGCUGUCUCUUGCUUUAGCCAGUAAGCCAGAUGCCAUAAGGCACAUUCACAAGUAUGUCUCAACAAUUCCAUCUUUGCUUCAUUUAAGUAGAUUGUGUAUACGUGAACACCUAGGGGAUAGGUUCACAACUGUGCAUAAAUGGAUGAGAGAAUCCUUCUUUGUGCCACAUAAAAUAUCUGCCUACCUGGCACUCUGUGAUAUACUUGAUUGAUUUUAAUAUUAUAAUUAGAUACCUACUUUUGCACAUAAUAUUAUAAUGAGAUUCUCCUCCGUACCCAUAAUAUUUUAAUAAUUCUGAUUUUUUUUUAAAUUAAAAUAUUUCAAACAUUAAUGUAGAACUUUCUUUGAGCUAUGAUUUUAUUUGAAAAUGUUACCUAAAUUACUGUGAUUUUUUUAAAAUAAAAAAUUGUGUAUUCAUGUUGCUAGCUAUGACCAUGACCUAUAGUGCCAACUAUUUUAUUUAACCAAACAUUACAGGAGCAUUAAAAAAUAAACAUUAAAUUUGGUGGAAACCUGAAUUCACCUCCACAGUUCAAUCUUCUAGUUUCUCAUAGUUGCGUUCCCAAUAAACCACUGCACAUGGUUGUCAACGAUGCAGCCCUCUUGCGCCAUCUGCUGUAUCAUGUUAUCAAAGCAAGAGUUGCCAUGUUAUUUAGAAAGUCUGCGCUGCUCAUUAGGGGGUCACAAAGAGUUUAGCAAAUGUUCUCUCCAAUGUGAUAUCAUUGUAAAACUGUGAACUAAAGUAUGUCAUUUGUUGAUAUACUUCAUCCAGAUGUUAGUGAGUGCAUGUAGCAUAACUGCUGAUGUUAAACCUUUUCACGUAGCCAGUGUUGUGAGAACAUUUAAAUGGGCUCUAACCUUAUCCAGCAGCAGGCAGCAGAAAAGGAACCAAAUAAUUGUGUCUGAGAGCAAGCGUCGACACUCUCAAAAGUAGCUCAUGUAGAAUGUCUUUCAAAUUUUAUUACCAUUCUUUUUUAAUAAAGAAAAAUUAUUCUGAUUAUGUGAUCUAUUGCACUAUUUAUGAAAUGGUUGAGUUGCUUGACAAUGGUGUGCACCUUGCUGCCUUGUAGCAGUAGAGCAUAAUAUAGUUUAAUUUUAAUGCUAGCUCUCGAAACAACUAAAUAGUGCCCUAUGUUUUUUAUUUUGAGAUAUAGGGGAUUUUUUAACAAUUUAUUUAUAAUCAUGCAAUUUAUUUAUUAAACAUAGACCAUUUUGUGAUAUGUAUAUUCCGUGUAUGAAAAAAAUACAUUUUAAAGUUCAUGCAUGAGUUAAGCAGUAAUAGGCUUUUGUGUAUGUUCUAAUAAGCUUUGCUGCAUUAACUAUAUUCACCACAUUUACAACCCGGUACAAAUAGCCUUUUUGAAUCCAAAUUUCCACUCCACCUUUAGAGCUGUCAUUUGAUGCACAGCUUCCACUAGUGAAGUAUUUUAAUCUUUCUUUAUCCUGGCUAUUUGCACAUAAAAACGUGUCCUUAACACGAUUUUUACUGUUUAUUGUUACAGAAAGCAUUUUAUUUUACUGGUAGAUCGAAUUUUAAAGACUUUAAUAAGAAAAGGGACCAUGUCAUCAUUUUGAAUUACCGGUAUUUGCACAAAAUAUGUUCUGUACUAUUACCCCAUUUUUAAUUUAAAAAACUUUGUUUUAUGAAUAAGGAACGGAGAGUUUUCAUAUUUACCAAUAGGUUCAAUCAAAAUAGCCAUUUGCUCAUGUUGAGAAACAGCUGGAGAGAGAUGCACUCUUACAGUUUCUUAACAUCCCGUGAUAGGCCAGUGACUUUGAAACAGUUGCACCAAUGAGAGCUGGAUAGAAAUGAAAUUAAGGACUAAACAGCAAAGCUAAAACAAAGUCCUUUUUUGUGUGGUAAUGUUACCUUCAACUUAAACAGAAGAAAUAUUUUUAAAAAGUAAUCCAUUUAUUCUAAUAAUUUGCUGGAACACUGUUCCUAUCUCAAAGAGAGUUUUGAAAAAAAGUAAAUAAAUAGUUUUGUAUGUUACAGACUUUUUAUUUUACAGUGUUGCAAUUUUUUUUUUUUUUUUUUUUUAAAGAUUUAAAUAGCAACCAUGAAGUGAUUUUGCAAUAAAACUAACGCGUUUUUUUUUCUUUCAAGGGGUUUAGAGAUUAGAGCCUAAAGUUUUCAAAGUUGUGCAUGGAAUCAGCUAAAAUAACUCAGGUGAUUAGUUUGUUUUUGUUUGUUAUUUCAUGGAUAGAUUGCUGUACAAAUGGUCCUAAAACUAGUAGAAGCCUUAUGUGAUAUAAACUUGAUGUGGAUAUCAUUCUUCAAAGUAUCAUAGUUCAAAGGAAUUCCGUCUUGUACAUGUGUAGAAUACCCCGGAGUGUAAUCUAACAUUAGUUCAAAGGAAUUCUGUCUUGUACAUGUGUAGAAUACCCCGGAGUGUAAUCUUACAUUAGUUCAAAGGAAUUCUGUCUUGUACAUGUGUAGAAUACCCCGGAGUGUAAUCUUACAUUAGUUCAAAGGAAUUCUGUC